UGUGGUAAACGAAUGUGAUGUUGGCGGAAGUAGAUGCUUGGAGGGGAGGAAGAAAGUCGCACUAGUCGUACGUGUGCAUCUAUCGAGCUGUUAGCUUUCGGCCACUGAGCUAACGCUACGUCUCGUCAGAGUCGCAAAUAUGGUGCUACUUGAAAACGACUCGUUCCUCACAGAACUCACACGUUUGUUCCAGAAGUGCAGAUCCUCCGGUAGUGUUGUCAUCACUUUGAAAAAAUAUGACGGGAGGACCAAGCCAGUGCCCAGGAAAGGCCACUCGGAGUCCUUUGAGCCCGCAGACAAUAAAUGUCUUCUCAGAGCUUCGGAUGGCAAGAAGAAAAUAAGCACAGUGGUGAGCACCAAAGAAGUAAUCAAGUUUCAGAUGGCGUACUCCAACCUCCUGCGGGCGCACAUCGACGGACUGAAAAAGAAAGACAAGAAGAGCAAAAGCAAGAAAACCAAAGCCACCCAGUGAGCCGCAAGCUCAAAGGCGCAGGAACUGAUCCCGUUCGAAUCUGACACGAUGGAAGCGGGUCCCGCCACAGUCAGUCUCCCCUCACAAUGCGUGCUCGUCCACCCAGUGACCACUUUUAUUUUGUGUCGUCGAUGACUGUUUUCGUGCCAUCUGGGAGGAUUUCUUGGAAUGCACGAAUCGAACUUUGGAGAAGAGCAACACCGUUGGAUGUGGUUUUUUUUUGUCAAGUGGCUACACUCUUUAUUUAUGUUCAAAUUAGGAGCAUCAAAGCAGUCACUCUCUGUUUGCCUUUUUUUUGUGGGGGGGUGGGGGGGUGGAUGUUUUAAAAAGUAUGAAUUUGCCGCAAGGGGUGCAUGGAAAUGUUUUGCUAAAAUCCCAGGUUAUUAGUUUUAGUUAUUAGUUAUUUUUGCAAUGAAAUAAGUCGAAUGGUUAGGGCCUCCUUCAGCUGCCACAAUGGCCCUCUUUCUUUGUCAAACAUCAUUUUCUGACAAAAUCUUCACUUUAAUUGAAAAUAUGAAUUUGAUUUCAGCCUGCGCGUUUUAAUUGCACAGGAUCAUGUACAAGUUUCAGAUGUACUGAAAGGCGCGUUUGUGGACAGAGAAUCCCAAGCGAGCGGGGCCGUGGCAGUCCUGCAGCGGCAUUUAAGUUGACGAAUAAAGUGCUGUUUAAAAAAAAAAAAAA